GUCCCUCAGCUGUCCAUUGUCUGUUGUCAAAUAAAAAUACAAAAAUACUCCCUCUACAGUUCUCUGUUUGCUUUUCAUAAAGCUGGAGAUUCAAUCCCUUCGUAGUGGCGCUACCAAUCCAUCCAUUCAAUUAUCGCAAUCCUUCAUCUCUUCUCUUUCUCUUCGUGAAUGGAGGUUCGUCAGGAACCGCCCAUGGAUAAUAUAUCCACCGAAGAACGCCGCCAUCAACGCCAUCCCUCACCGUCCAAGCACUCAAGAGCUAAAGCGGUUCCCGUCGACACUAAUUCCGUCACUCAGAGGCUCCAGAAAGAACUUAUGGCUCUUAUGAUGAGUGGAGAUCUUGGGGUAUCUGCUUUUCCAGAAGGGGAGAGCAUAUUUAGUUGGAUUGGUACUAUUGAGGGUGGCAAAGGAACUAUGUAUGAAGGUUUAUCUUAUAAACUCUCGUUACACUUUCCCGUGGACUAUCCUUUCAAGCCUCCUCAGGUUAAGUUCGAAACAAUGUGCUUCCAUCCCAACGUCGACCAGUUCGGCAACAUCUGUCUAGAUAUCCUUCAGGACAAGUGGUCUUCAGCCUAUGAUUGUCGAACCAUUCUUUUGUCUAUCCAAAGUUUAUUAGGAGAACCAAAUAUUGAUAGUCCUCUCAACAGCUCUGCUGCUGCGCUCUGGUGCAACCAAGAAGAUUACAGAAGAAUGGUACACAAACACUAUGCAGUUGGAGAAUCUUUUGAGAGCUGAUGCACAAAUCAUGGGUCUACUUUCCUGGUAAGAAAGCAGUAUUGUUAAAUGUGUAGGCAAAAGCUGAAAUUAAAUGAGCUUACAUUCAUUUGUAUACACAGAUUUAGUCUGCUGUAUAGUUGCCUAAACAACACCCAUAUAUAUAUAUAUAUAGGUAUAUUUAUAAUAUAUAUAACGAGUCCUUUAUGGACGUUUUCCUCUCUAAAA